GGGAAGGCGUCGAGGAUGUGCUGGAGGGUCGUGAGGAUGAGGACCCCGGCCCACCCCGUGCUGCUGCUGAUGCUCGGGCUGGAGGUUGUUUGGCUGCCGGAGGCCUGUGGCAGGUGGCACUCGCUGCGCUAUUUCUACACCGGGGUGACCCGGCCCGGCCUCGGGGUGUCCGAGUUCACGGCCGUGGGCUACGUGGACGACAUGCAGUUCGUCAGGUUCAAUAACGACCGGGGCCGGGCUGAACCGCGGGCCUCCUGGAUCUGGAACAACGAGGGACCGGAAUACUGGGACCGGGAGACACAGAUCCUGAAGGGCGCGGCGCAGGCUUUCCGCGUGGGCCUGCAGAACGUCAUGGGCUACUACAACCAGAGCAAGGACGGGACUCACUCCUUUCAGCUGAUGUGCGGCUGCCAGCUGCGGGAGGACAACACCACCGGCAGAGGGUUCUAUCAGUACGGCUACGACGGGCAGGACUACCUCACACUGGACAAGGCCACGCUGAGCUGGACGGCGGCGGACGGCGGGGCCCAGAACACCAAGCGCAAGUGGGAGGCCGACAGGACCAUCGCCAAGCGACAGAAGGCCUAUCUGGAGGGAACGUGCAUCGACGCGCUCCGGAGAUACCUGCGUUACGGGGGGCCCAGCCUCACCCGGGCAGAUCCCCCCACGGUGCGGGUGACCCGUCACCACGGCCCCGACGGGGACGACGUCACCCUGCGGUGCCGGGCCCUCGGCUUCUACCCGGCGGACAUCAAGUUUAAGUGGGAGUGGGAAGGGGAAGACGUGAGCCAAGAGAUGGAGUACGUGGAGACGCGGCCCAGCGGAGAUGGCAAGUUCCAGAAAUGGGCGUCGCUCAGAGUGCCACAGGGAGAGGAGCAGAAAUACGUCUGCAUCGUGGACCACGACGGUCUGGCCCAGCCCCUCGCCGUGCGCUGGGCUCCAGACCCGUCCUCAUCCAUCGGGCUCAUCGUUGGGGCUGUGGUCGCCCUCGUCAUCAUCACCUCACUCGUGGCUGGGUUUGUCAUCUGGAAGAAGAAGAAAUCAGGUGCAAAAGGAGGGAAAUACUCCCCUGCAAGCUCUGACUCCUCCCUUCUCGUGAAAGCCUCAGCCUGAGGGAGCUGCCAGCAUGGGACAGAGGAGUCCGACUGCCCCCGCCCUUCCUGCUGACCGCGUUUUCCACCCUCCCAACCUGAAGACCCGGACACCCCGUCAACUCUCCUCACCCAUGUCCAGGCACCCCCUGCUCCUCCCCAAGCCGUAGUGCCCCUGGACUAAGUUUCUAAAAGAGGCCGUCCGUUCUCCCCAUCGCCCAGCUGUCCCCUUUCCCCAUGCUCCCUUCCUAUACUGCUUUAGCACUUAGUGCAGCGCCUGGAAGGUGGAACACGCUGAACAGAUGCCAGUAUUAUUAUCAUUCCCACCCCUUCCCUCCCUUCCCCCUCUUGAUUGCCCUGAAUCGGUAGGAUGGUCAUGGGUUCCCAUCCCAGAUAGGUAGCUUAACCAACGGUAAAUACUGUGCAUUUUUUUUAAAAAAAACGUGGUACUUGAAGUUGAGCUUCCGGAGAAGCAGCGUGGCUCGGU